UGCCAGGAAAACCUCCACUUCACCCACAGGCCACCGUGCGUUUAAAACGUCAUCUCUCUCACUCUAUCCCCAAUACUUCACUUCCAAAAUGCACCAUUCUCCAUUCACCCUCUUCAUUUCAUAAAAACCCCAAUCACCACCAAAUGGAUGACGUAGAUGACGAUUUCGGUGAUUUAUACGCAGACGUUGAAGUGGAGGCAACCUCCGCCAUCAACACUGCUCCACCAUUCUCCAAAACACAGUGUGUAACCGAUGAAAUCGAUCGAGCAUGUGUUAGUGUUAACAACGAUGAGGAUGAAGACGAUGACGAUGAGGAUGACGAUUUGGACAUUGUUUUGAAUAGCGAUGAUGAUAGUAUUAAGCGCAGUGACGGUUAUACAAUUUUAAGUGUCCGAAAUAGAGAGUUGCAAGAUGAAGAUGAUGAUAAUGUAGGUUCAGAGUAUCUAAGGUCUCAAUCAGUAGCGUAUGGAAGCGAUUUGAAAGGAAUCGGAUGUUUGUCAGCGGCUUAUUGGCAGCAGUUGGGGUCAAGGUCAAUGGGAGCUCAAACUGCACAAAGAUUCUCACUUCCCAGGGCUAGGAACAUACUAGAUGUGAACAUUGAUGUAUUUGAGCAGAAGCCUUGGAGGCAUCCCGGAGCCGAUAUAACAGACUAUUUCAAUUUCGGGUUUAAUGAAGAUAGUUGGAAGGUUUAUUGCAACCAAGUGGAUGAAUAUCGUCAUAGAGGAUUUGUGUCUAGUGGGACCACACCCUCAGAGCCUGCUCAGUCAACAGAAGUGUACACGAAUAAAGGCCAAGCUAUUCAAGUAGAAGACAGCAUUUUUGAGCGUCAAUCAUCCAUGGAUGUAAGGCGCCAACUGGACCGUGAUUCAGAUGCUAUACAAAUCACCAUUUUGGAUCCAGCGGACACUUCCGUACCUGAAGCAUCCGAUCAUGGAGAUGGUUGUGGUGAUGACAUGACUGAUCAUCUUUCGUUUAGUAGUGCAAGCAUCGAUGAAUCCGUUGAAGAGAAGGAUGUGGAGACGUACAUACAUCCCCCUAAAAUGAGAAGUGGUUCUGAAAUUUAUGCAAUUCAUCAGGUCGUAACAGAUGAAACAGUCGGAACUUCAAAUGAUACAAAAGAAUCUAAUUUGGUAGAAAAAUCAUUUGAGGCAGAAAAGAUCCCUGCAAAUCGUUCUUAUUCAUAUGAAGAUGAUGCGUAUAUGGAUACGCGAAAAGCCUACACUCACGACAGAUGUCUUACUCGGUUGACUCGGUCAAUGAAGUCCGACUACCAUCAUUCGGAGGACUCAGGCAAAUUAGACGACAACAGAAGACCUGACGAGAAUAGAUAUCGUGCCAGAAAGUUGGGUGACGAUAGAAAAAAUCGCAACCGUAUAUAUCAUAAAAGGAGUAAUAGUCCUGUAUAUAACAAUCAUGAAAAUGAUUACAUCAUCUCAAAAAGAACAUAUGACAAAAGAAAAUCUGAUGAGUAUAGAUAUCAUGCUAGACACAAUAAUGGGAUUUUUCCCGUGUUUGAUGAGGUGCACUCUACUUUUCGCCAAAGAUUGCAUGCUUUUGAUCCGUAUAAUGCGGAAGACAUAUCAUAUUCAAAAUCAGAAGUGCCUUCAGAUUACUACGGUGAAAAGUUUUGUGGCUAUGAAGAUUGGGAUACUGAAAAGUUUGGAGCCAAUAUGGAUCGGUCCAUUUCCAGAAGUUUAGAAGAGGAUGAAUAUUAUGAUGAACGAAGAAGAUAUAUUGAAGAUAGAGGAGAAAUGGAGGAAUCUUAUCUUGAUCCGGGGCAUUAUAAUGAUACACAUAUAGAGAAGUUAAGAUCUUUUACUAAUAGUGACAGAAAAAGAUAUGAUAUUGAAUAUACUAGAUGGGAAUUUAGAGGCCCUGGAAGAAACAAGAGGACGGUUUGCGGUGUAUAUUCUGAAUUAGAUAAUCCUUUGUUAAAAAGAGACAAUGAACGGUCUUUUGCAUCGCGAUCUUCUGAAGAAUCCCAUAUCAAGAGUUGCAGAUGGGAUGGUAACAUGAUGCCUAAACGUAGUGUUUACAGAAGACGUGAAAGUUACAGAGGACAAUAUUCUGAACCUUUUGAUAGAGAAGAUUACAUGAUUGACGUUGAUGGUGGCGUUGAAUGUGAAGAUGAAAUUAUGUUUAGGCACGAAGAUGCUAAAUUUUGUGCUCACCGAAAUUCAUUUUUGUUUGGAAAGGUUUCAAGACGUAAAAGGUUUGUUUCUGAACCUGAUCCUUAUCCUGAUCACGUGGAGGAGUUGAUUGAUGAUCCGUAUGAUGGGUCUGGUUAUGUCAAGGAGUUGACCGCUGGUCAACAUGCAAAUCGGUGUAGAUAUUUUAAACAGAAAAAUGAAGUUUUCGGUGCUAGUAAAUCUAGUAAAGCAUAUAGAAAAAGUCGUGAAAGACUACCACUGAGCUUCAGGAAUCCACAGUUGGUUGUUGGGGAAGUAAAGUUCUCUAAAAAACACAAGAAACCCAAAUGGAUGGAUCUCGACACAUGUCUAAACGAUAAGGCGGCCCGAGCUGAUGAAACAAAAGCAGCUGAUGAAGCGUUGGACAUUGAGGAAGGCCAGAUUCUAACUGAAGAAGUAAAAGUGGGACCCAUGAUGGAUAAAACCAGGUCAUACGCAAAUGGGUCCCGCAAUCAAAACGGAAAAUCUGGGUUUGAUAGUACUCGGAUUCUUGAGGCAAUGGCAAAGAUGGAAAAACGAAGAGCACGUUUUAAUGCUCCUGUUGCUGUCGCUAGAAAGGAUUCAUAUAGCUCGAUCAAGGUUGCCGCUGUGGACCCGAUUCAAGAAACUGGCUCAAAUAAGCAACAAAGACCUGCUAGAAAGAGGAGAUGGGGAGCGAGCGAGAAGUGACACAUGGGGAAUACAGGUAACGAAACUGAAAUGUUUUGUAGUUUUCCUGAACAUAUUAGCAGUAACAUGAUCCCAAUUUUGUGAACAUAUUAAAUCUUUUGAUGUUUACAAAGUGAAAUCAGAUUUAAUAAAUGAUAAAGCACGCUUACGUAUUGAUCUGCCAUAUUUUACGUCAGAUUCAUGCUAUGGUCAUGUUAAACGUGUUGUGUCAUGUGUGUUAUUAAGAUACUUAUAUUUACUCAUGUAAACAUGUCUUGUCAUGUUAUGUAACCCACUUAUUAAACAUGCUCCUGUUAGUGUUUAUGAAAAUGAAAAUAUGUCAGUGUCAAAAGUGACCUUCGU